AUGAUUCUCUCACUCCUCACCUUUGCGUCUCUCACAAGCGCAGCCUGGAUCGUCCCCGGCGCUCGCUGGAAGGAUACAGACGGCAAUCUCUUCAACGCCCAUGCCGGCGGUUUAUGCGUCGAUCGCGACAGCGGCAAAUUCUUCUGGUUCGGCGAAUACAAGACUGAAGAACAAGAAGAAGGCGGUGGUAUUUCCGUCUACAGUUCUUCUGACUUAGCGACAUGGGAAUCUCACGGUUUGGCUCUUACGCCUGAGGAGGGCCAUGAGCAUAUUUCGCCAGAGAGUAUUAUUCAACGGCCCAAGGUUUUGUAUAGUGAGGAUACUGGGAAGUACCACAUGUGGUGGCAUGCGGAUGAUCGCAACUACAGUCUUUUGCUUCAAGGUCUCGCUACAUCAGACAACAUCGCCGGUCCCUACGAAUUCAACCACGCCAUCGCACCACUAGGAAACUGGUCCCAAGACUUUGGCGCCUUCACAGAUUACAAAACCGGAAAAUCCUACGCUUUAUACUCCAACGGCGACCGCGUUGAGGGAAGGGAUGUAUACGUCAGCGAGUUCAACAGCAAUCUCACAGACAUCGAGAGUGUCACGCAUCGGUUUAACAAGUAUGAUUUUGAGGCGCCAACUAUUCUUCAGACGGAGAAGAGCUAUUGGACGCUUAUGAGUCAUAAGACUGGUUAUCGACCUAACAAUGUCGUGGCUAUGAGAGCUGAUAAACUCGAGGGUCCUUGGUCGCAGCCCUUCUUCGUUGCGCCGGCUUAUACCAGAACCUUUAGUACUCAGUCUGGAUUCUCUUGGAGAAUCAAUGGCACGAAGAAGACAACUUACCUCUACAUGGCCGACCAGUGGGAUCUUCCUUCGAUCUGGGAAAGUCGCAAUGUCUGGCUUCCUAUUGAGAUCGAUGAGAAAGAAAAGAGUCUCAAGGUUGUCUGGCACGAUAUUUACGAUCUGAAUGUGAAAACUGGUGAAUGGAAGCCUGUCAAGGGAAAGACUUAUCCUGCUAGCAAGGCUAAACUUGCCGGAGAUGCAUUCCUCCAGGAAGCUACCUUUGGAACAGAUCAUGUCAUCGCAACAGGAAUUCAGGGCAACGACAGCACAAUUACCUUUGAAGUAGAAGGCAAAGGUGCUGAUCAAUGGGUGUCAUUCUACCACCAAAACAUCGACGACAUGGGCUUCGGCGACCAACCAAUGGGUCAACCUGACCGCAUCAACGGCACAUGGGCUGUCCGACGUAUCAGCAGCGUAGUCGUGAACAACGAGACUGACACGGUACACACGCUGUUCCAGAAGGAUACGCACAAGGGAAUUAUUCUUUCUACGCCUUUGUUGUUGCCUUUGAAGAAGGGUAAGAACUCGAUUACUGUUGGUGGACUUGAUAAUGGCAAGGAACAUUUUAAGGGGGCGGAUUUGGAUAGAAUUGUUGUUUAUCCUCCUGAGAAGAAGAAGGAGAAGAGGUCUCUGACUAGAUACUCGUUAUCACUUCCUGGAAAGGCAAACAUAUUGAUGGCAUCCGCGAAGCCUAUUCUUUCACCUGCAGGUUGUGUCAAGCCCUGGAUACAAAAGUUCACCAACCAUCCGCGGGACAGUUUCCUUGACCAGUUUGUUGGAUCAGACGAUGCAAGAUAUGUCGAGAUACAGGAACAUGUAAAUAAUGUCAGAUACACCGAUGUACCGCUCAAGUCUGAUAACCCCAAUGGCGGACGGGAUCUUUCUGAGUUCUUUCAGCUUCCCCGAGAAGAUGGGCCGCCGAGUAUUCUCAGAUUAGUCAUCUUACCAUUCAACACAGAGAACAAUAAUGCUCCUCCUUUGUCAUGGAGAGGGUUUCGAGAGCACCUUGAUUUGCUGCAUCUCCAGAACUAUUUUAUCUAUGCCGAGAAAAUGCAGACACCACCGACAUGGUUUGAAGUUCCAUUGGAAUCAGGGCUAAAUGGCUUCGUUGUUAAGCCGGAUCAUUGGGAUGCAAACCUCGCUAAUUUCAGUGUAUCCGUCAUCCACUCCCCCACUAGCCGAACAACGCACAUCAUGGCACAUAUGCUUCACAAGACUGAUAUAGAACAUCUCCUGCAUCGAUUACAGACACUCAAAUCCAUCGCUUGGCAUCCUCUUCUAGUACCGCUGAUCCUAAUGGAGAAGAGAGUAGAGGGAACUGCAGAGCAACUCACCCUCAUCAGAGACUCUAUUUAUGCCGUUGAGAAGAGACUAGGAACACACAAGAACUAUCGCGGCGACAAACGUCAUGAAGAACUCCAUCACUAUGCCUACGGCGAAAAAGUCUGGGAACGACGUCAUGAACAAGAUGUUGACUUUGAGGCUGCUCCAGGAAAGUUAACUUCGAUUGUUUCGGAGUGUGCUAUGAUUGAGGCUAGGUGUCAUACCAAUGAGAGUCUCCUCGAUUGGCUUUAUGAGCUGAAUCAUAGACUCGCAAUAUGGGUCGGAAAUAAUCGAUCUCGAAGUAUCUAUCUCGCCAAAAGGGCAGAAGCUCAGAUGCAAGCCUGUCAAAACCUCAUGUCACAACGCGACAAUGCCAUGAAUCUAAAACAGACCGAAGCAGCACUUCGAGAUAGUUCCGAUAUGAGAGCCAUAGCAUGGGUUACACUUGCAUUCCUACCAGCGACAUUUGUAGCUACAUUCUUUAGCACCUCUUUCUUCAACUUUGAGCAGCAAGGUCGACAUGUUUCUGAUUGGAUUUGGCUUUAUUGUGUUGUUUCUGUUAUACUUACGGUUGGUGUUCAUGUAGGCUGGGCGUGGUGGAUCAGGAAGGAGAGGAGAGCUUGA